ACGCGCUUCGAGAUUCAGAAAAGUUAACGCCAGGAAGACACUUGUCGGCGCCAGCUAUAAACUGUUUUUCCCGGACAAAAUCAACACUAUAAUGGAGAUAUCUUUAUUUUGAACCCCCUCCUCUCUGUUUUUUCUCAGACGUCCCCGUAUCUACCACUGGUCAAAAUGCCAUCUCCUCAAAUCCUUCAGCCAGUUCUGAAGAUGAAGGUGGAUGAGCUCUUUCUUACAUGGCUGAGUGACCCUACCACACAGUCAAUGCUGAAGGACUACCUCCACCUAAUUAAAAACGGACAGUACACUGAACCAUGCAAAGGCGAUGAUGUUGAACAGGAUUCGCUGUCAUUAACUGAGAACAACAACGUGACCUGUAAGAACAACCAAGCAGAGCGGAAAGUUGCUCCCCUCAGCACUGCAUCCAGUCCUCCCUCUGCUGCCACAACCCUGCCCUCGGGAAGCUGUGCCAACACAAGAGUAACUGGGCAUAAUGGAAGAAUACUUCGCAGAUCUGUCAGCACAAAGAAGGCGCAGGUGAGGCCGGAGGAGCCCGUCCCCGCAGCACUGAGUGAAAGCAUUCCAAAGUUUUACUUCCCUCAAGGCAGGCCUCAAGCCAAUCUCAACAUCGACAGCCUCAUUUCUAAAAUAGAGAAAACAUUUUCCCAGUUUCCGAAUGAAAGGGCCACCAUUGAUGACAUGGGCCAGGUCGCCAAGGCCUGUGAGUGUCCUCUCUACUGGAAAGUGCCAUUGUUCUGUUUGGCUGGAGGCGACAGGACCGGCUUUGUGUCUGUUCACAAGUUCGUGGCUAUGUGGAGAAAGACGCUGCAGACCUGUCACGAUGACGCCUCUAAAUUUGUGCACCUCUUGGCCAAACCCGGCUGUAAUUACCUGGAACAGGACGACUUUAUCCCAUUCCUGCAGGAUGUCGUGAACACACACAGCGGCCUAGCUUUUCUUAAAGAGGCGCCAGACUUUCACUCCAGAUACAUCACCACGGUAAUACAAAGGAUAUUUUAUAACGUGAACCGGUCAUGGACAGGAAAAAUCACAGGUUACGAACUCAGAAAAAGUAAUUUUCUCCAGAAUGUGGCGUUGUUGGAACAGGAGGAAGACGUAAACCAGUUGACGGAUUACUUUUCCUAUGAGCAUUUUUAUGUUAUUUACUGCAAGUUUUGGGAGCUGGACACGGAUCAUGAUCUCUAUAUUGACAAAAAAGACUUGGGACGACAUAACGACCAAGCUAUUUCCCGUAAAAUGAUUGACAGAAUAUUCUCAGGGACGGUAACGAGAGACAGACAGACGUACAAGGAGAGACGGCUAAGCUAUGCGGAUUUCGUUUGGUUUCUGAUCUCGGAGGAGGACAAAAAGACAGAAACGAGUAUAGAGUACUGGUUCCGCUGCAUGGACCUGGACGGCGACGGGGUCCUCAGCAUGUACGAGCUGGAGUAUUUCUACGACGAGCAGUGUCAGAAACUGGAAGCCAUGGCCAUCGAGCCGCUUCCGUUUGAAGACUGCCUCUGCCAAAUGCUCGACCUCGUCAAGCCCGAGGUCAAAGAAAAAAUCACACUCCGGGAUCUGAAGAGGUGCAAGCUCGCCCACGUAUUUUUCAACACAUUCUUCAAUAUUGAGAAGUACUUGGAACAUGAACAAAAGGACCCGUUUUAUGUUAUAAAGGAGGCGGAGUCUGAUAACCAGGACAUGUCCGACUGGGAAAAAUACGCGGCUGAGGAGUAUGAUAUUUUGGUUGCGGAAGAAGCAGCCAACGAGCAGUGCAACGAUGUAUACGACAAUCCUUUGCUCAUCUCCAGUGAACUGGGCUUCACAAAGAGACACUUCUUUGAGAUCCCCAGUCCCCACGGCGAUCUGGACGACUAUGAAUACGACGACGACUUUGAAUGACAGCACUGCAGUCGCAUUUUCUCAUAAUUCAACUGGGCAAAAUGGACACUUGCCCAAACAAAGUUGUACAAGGUCAAAACCAGUACAAACACAUGGUUAAAGCAGCACGUGAUCUUUAAAACACAACGUGCCUUGUGUCUCACUGUUUGAAAUCUGGCUCACUACAGUUUGGCUUCCAGCUCAUUUUAGUUGUGAAUUUUGUGCCACAAGUGAAUUACACUGACAUAAGCUAAGCCACAUUGUUUCACUCUAGAGUUUUUAUUUUCGACACAAACUCUGAUGCACAUGAUUGUUGUAGUAAAUGAAAUAAUAAUAAUGCUUCAUAUUGUACAGGGUCAUAUUUAUUUUGACAUGGAAGGUGUGAACAUGGUUUUUUAUUGUAAAACAAAUAUACUUGUAAAUAUCUCGUGUGUGUGUAGUGUUGUACAUGAUUUUAACUUUUCUAUGAAGUACUUUUGUAUGAAGUACUUU